AUGAUCCGCCGACGCACUCCUGAGUUUCCCGCCGCUCAAUUCCAAGAGAAGCACGUCCAGCCGAUUCGGGCCGUUCACGUUGAUUCAUCCCGAGGUCUCGAUCCACAAAAAGGCCGUACGAAGAUAAUAGGUGUGUGGGAGCCUCUCAACGGCCCGGUGAAGGACGGGCCACUAGCCGUGUGCGAUUAUCGCAGCUGCGACUCGAGUGACAUAGUCGAUGUGGACCAGGUUUACGCAGACUCUAUCGGUGAAGGCUGCAACAUCUAUCACGACGACAAACCUAGUUGGUAG